AUGCCGCUCACAGCGGUGAUCGCCGGAGUAACCUACCUCGCCGGGUGCACCGAUCCCACCUUCUUGGACGAGCAAUGCGCGCAAAAGCCCGGAUACACAGGGCAACAGUGGGUGGCCCUGGCGCGCUGCAGCGGCGAGAACAUUUCUCUCUGGACAGGCUGUGCGCACCAUCCAAGCCAAGUCGAGCUCGAGAAGGAAAACUGCAGCUGCAACCUAACUAAUGUCUUGAUCGAGAACACCAACGGGCAGUCCAGCCUCGGCGAGAUCGGCAGCCUGCCAACGUCUGCGGGCGGAACAAUCUCAUUCAAUCCUACCGCCCUGCCCACUUAUGCAGUGACCACAACCGAGGGCUCUUCAAGCGUGGCGUCCGGCACUGCGACUGCGACUGCCGCGGAGGGUGCGUCAGGCGGCGCCAGUGACGGGCUGUCUGGCGGCGCCAAGGCCGGAAUCGCUGUCGGGUCGAUCAUUGGAGGACUGCUGCCUGAGGGGGAUGACCAUAUCGCGGGACUUGGGUACAAAUCUGAGAUGCCAGGUGAGAGCACCUACAAGCCUGAGUUACCGGGCGAUAUGGGUGCUGCUGAUGCAGGCCGGAGACAUGAGCUUGGUACGUGA